GGCAGUCCGAGCCCAGCUCUGUGACUCUCCAGGGGCCACAGGGGCGACCGGGGCUGCGGCAUGGGAGCGGGGCCCGGUGGAGCCCCCGGGCGGCGUUGACCUGCGCAGCCCCGGCGGCGAGUGGCGGCAGCCGCUGGCCCCGGGGAGGCAGCAGCGGUUCCCCGCUGGGUCGCGGAGCUCCGGGGCCCGGGACCCGGAAGCAGAAGCGGGGCCGGAGGCGGCUGGAUGGGAAGCGGCGGGGAUGGGGGAGCAGCAGAGCUCGCUGAGCACCCUGCGGGCGGCCGCCGCCGAGGCGCCGUUCCCGGCCGGCGGGGCCCUGGAGCCGGGGCAGGAGGCGGCCGAGCCGGGGGAGCCGGAGCCCGGUAGCAGGCGGCGGAGCGGGGAGCAGGAGCCGCUUCCCGCCGGGGCCCCGGGGAGUCCGGAGCGCAGCGAGGAGUCGCCGCCGCCCCCUGAGCCUCCCGCGGAGGAGCCGGGGGCCGGCGGGGAGCCCGGGGUGCCCGGCGGGGAGGAGCCGGGGUGGGACUGGGGCAGCAGCCGCUGCCGCAUCCCCCCGCGGCGGCACGUGUACUGCACCGUGUACUGCGUGGAGAACGACCGGGCUGGGGCCGGGACGGGACACUCGCCCGCCACAGCCCCCGGGGCCGUGCCCGCCCACCGCGCCCCCGUCGGAGACCCCUUGACCUCGGGGGGCAGCAUCGAGGUGGACUUUUACCUGCUGCCCGAGCCCUACUUCGGGCCCCUGCUGGUGCUCUGCUGCCGAGUGUGCCUGGAGGAGAAGCCCAUCAAGCCCCUACCCUGCUGCAAGAAGGCGGUGUGCGAGGAGUGCCUGAAGCGCUACCUGAGCGCCCAGGUGCAGCUGGGACAGGCAGAUAUAAACUGUCCAAUCACAGAGUGCAGUGAAUACCUGGAUGAAACAACUGUCCUCUACAACCUGCCACAUGAUGACAUCAUCAAGUAUAAAUACUUCCUGGAACUCAGCCGUAUUGACUCCAGCACCAAGCCAUGCCCUCAAUGCAAACACUUUACCACUUUCAGGAGGAGAGGUCACAUUCCAACCCCAGCGAAAUUGGAGAACAAAUACAAAAUCCAGUGUCCAACUUGCCAAUUUGUCUGGUGUUUUAAGUGCCACUCUCCCUGGCAUGAAGGUGUUAACUGUAAAGAAUACAAAAAGGGAGACAAGCUUUUGCGUCACUGGGCCAGUGAGAUUGAACAUGGGCAAAGGAAUGCUCAGAAAUGUCCAAAAUGCAAGAUCCACAUCCAGAGAACAGAAGGGUGUGACCACAUGACCUGUUCACAGUGUAACACUAAUUUCUGUUACCGCUGUGGGGAGAGAUACCGCCAGCUCCGUUUCUUUGGAGAUCACACAUCAAACCUCAGUAUAUUUGGAUGCAAAUAUCGCUACCUCCCUGAGAGACCACAUUUAAGGAGAUUAGUGCGAGGCUCUGUCUGUGCUGGAAAAUUACUCAUUGCACCCUUAAUACUGGUAUUGGGACUGGCACUGGGAGCUAUAGCUGUUGUAAUAGGUUUAUUUGUGUUUCCUAUCUAUUGCCUUUGUAAAAAGCAGAGGAAAAGGUCACGGACAGGUAUGCCCUGGUAAGAAUGGACCUUACUCAUCUGAACUGAGCUGGUCAUGAAAGGGCUACACAAAAAUUGUGCGACAGAGCAAUAUAGUACUGGUUAACAGCUUUGAAGCCACAGUCUUGGAAAAAGAAUGGAAACUUUCUGCCAUAUUCCCUCCACACAGUACACUACUGCUGACCAGAAUGCCUCCUACUCUGGUGCACUCCAAACAAGAUGGGCCCCCAAACUGCUGCUUUUUAAAUGUGUUUUUUAUUUUAAUUUUAAAGGUUUAGGUCUAAGUUUCUUUCGUAGACAAUCAAAGUCUGUAUUGUAGCCACAACUCUACUGAUUGUCCUGUGAAGAAAGUAUGUAAUUAGUAACAUGUUUUCCAUUUAGCUUCUGUAUAGGCCUUUCAGAGGAAAUGCCUAAAGGUGUUUGAACUUUUACUGUACACUGAAUAGCCUAGUCUGGUUUUAGAGUCUAAUUCUGUAAAUAUUUUUCAUCACACAGUGUUCUGUCUAACAUAUCAAUAUCUAAAAUCAGAUGCUGGAAGAUGAUGGCUGGUUAUAUUGUCUGCCGAUUUUUACCAGCGGAUUAGGGAGUUUAAUCACCUAUGUGGCAGAGGUUGCCACUGCCAAAAUAUCAGUGCCUCAAAGGGAAGUAAGGAGUAAAAUUAUUGGAACCAAGUCAAUAUUUGUUGUAGCAUUUAAAUUGUUAGGAAUAUAAGCAAUGAUUUUGGGGAGACUAAUUCUGUAGGACAGUAGAGCAGUUCAGUCCCUCCCAGCAAAAAAGAAAUGUUUGUCUUAGCUAAUGAAACAAAUAUUACUGGCCCUUUCUGUCUGCAGGCACUCACUGAAAGUGAGAUGGGGAAAUGGGUAGGAGAGUCUAGAACUAACUUGUAUCUUCAGUUGUAUUUUGGCACAUACACUACAAACUAGCUACAGUAUGAAGAUUCAGUCUAUGAAAUAUUAUUUACCCAAACAGCACACGUUUAUGUUGUUAAGUAGACUGCUCAAUUCCUAAAAGACUCAAUGUCUCCUGGGUGGGGGCAGGCACAGAGCGGAGGCAAGUAGUUAGAAACAAUCCUACAAGUAUUCCAUACUUUGUUUUGUCUUCCUUGGUUUUGGUGAUGUACGGUGACAACAGUACUUUUGUUUUAAGACAAAGGUGGGCAAACUACGGCCCGCGGGCCCCUCCUGCCUGGCCCCUGAGCUCCUGCCCCGGGAGAAUAGCCCCCCGGCCCCUCCCCUGCGGUUCCCCCUCGCCCACAGCCUCAGCUCGCUUUGGCACAAUGCUCUGGGCGGCGGGGCUGCGAGCUCCUGGGGCAGUGCAGCGCAGCUGCAGAGCCCGGCCUGACCCAGUGCUCUGUGCUGCGUGGUGGCAUAGCUGGCUCCAGCCAGGUGGCGCGACUCUCCUGUCCUGGCACUCUGGGCAGUCCAGCUGUAGUGCCGCCAGCCACCGGUGCUCCAGGCAGCGUGGUAAGGGGGC